UUUUACUACAGCCCUACUGGUGACCUGACGAACUCCAUCCAACGGCAGCACACUCAUAAAGAUGCCGGCUAUGACGACAGGUUCUUCUGGAAUCAACACAUGUUACAGGACAUCCUGGAUGCUCAGAACAAAGAGCUAGCCAAGCCAUGGAUCAUCCCUAUCGUUCAGGGGUGUGUUCAGAUUCGUGAAUGUCGCAUGACGUUUGCACCAGAGGAAGGAGCUCAGAGCGGAGGCAGCGGUGCAGACAGCGAUGACUCUGACAUCAGAUUCAAUCUCAUGCUUAUCUCAAGGAGAAGCAAGUUCAGAGCAGGAACAAGAUACAGGAGAAGAGGGAUAGAUGAGAGUGGGGCAUGUGCAAACUAUGUGGAGACGGAGCAGAUCUUACAGACCGCUGAACACUCGGUAUCCUUUGUCCAAGUCCGAGGGUCAGUACCAGUCUUCUGGAGCCAACCGGGAAUCAAGUACAAACCCCCACCAAGGAUCGAUCGAGAUGAUGACGAGACACAGGAGGCUUUCAAGACUCAUUUUGAAGAGGACCUGAAACGAUACCGCCAUGUAGCCAUAAUCAGUCUAAUCGAACAGGCUGGCAGAGAGGCUAUUGUGGGAUCAGCCUUUAUGAAGCAUGUUCUCUUGUACGACAGUCCUAAGCUGACCUACAUCACGUUUGACUUCCAUGAAUACUGUCGAGGUCUUCGGUUUGACAGAGUGUCUGUUCUUCUAGAGAGCAUCCGUGAUGUCAUCAAAGAAAUGAGAUAUUGCUGGGCUGAUGCAGAAGGUGUGAUCUUGGAGCAAAGAGGGGUUUUCAGGGUGAACUGUAUGGACUGCCUGGACAGGACCAAUGUGGUUCAGACAGCUCUAGCAAGAGCUGUACUCAGAACACAGCUUCGCAAGUUGGGUCUGCUGCUACCCGAGCAAAGACUAGUCCCCAGCAUUAAGACCAUCUAUCAAGACAUGUGGGCCAACAACGGGGACAUCGUCAGCCGGCAGUACGCUGGGACGGCUGCUCUGAAGGGAGACUACACCAGGACAGGAGAGAGGAAACUUACAGGGCUUAUGAAGGAUGGGUAUAACUCCGCUAAUAGAUAUGUGCAGAACCAGUUCAAGGAUGCGUUCAGACAAGUGGCAAUAGAUUUGAUGUUAGGGAACCAGGAGAUCCAGGAAGAUCUCUCAUUGAUUGAUGAGCAGAAGGCAUCGGCUGAGAUGGGUAAGGACGUCUGGGACGGUGUGGAUGAAGAGGAUAUCAAACAAAGGAUUCAACAGUGCUCUAGAUUGCUACUACCAAAGAAUGAAGCCAAGAUGAAUCUUGGAGGAUGGGCUCUUAUUGAUUGUGAUUCAGGAGAUCUUGAUGACAGUGGUGAGGAUGAUAGGGACAUCAUUCUUAUCAUAUCAGAGAAAGCCUACUAUAUUGCUAGCUAUGAUGAUGAAGCUGAAAAAAUCACCCAGUAUGAAAGAAUACCGAUAGAUGCAAUGACUGCUGUGGGCAUAGGAUCAGCAACUACGUUCUUCUCCCAUGCCAAACAGCGCUGCGUGCGCAUCUACCAUUCAGUUCAGGGUGAUGAUGGCUACUUCAGCACUCUCAAAGCACUACCUAGUCAAUCAAAAGAAUCGGCUGAGGAUGUUCUUCAUUCUGUGGUUGAAGCCCUUGCAAAAGCCAGAGCAGCAAAUAACCUUGGUCUGAAGGUUGUUGAAGACAAGAUGGAAAAGAGAAAAAGCAAGGUCUCUGGAGAGGUAAUCCGUCUCACAUCCCAGAAACGUUUCACCAUGUGGCUACAGGACAAGUUUGUUCCAGAGUCAGUCCUUGCCAAGCGUAACCGUGGCAACCAGGGUGGUCAAGAGAGUCCUUCUGAUCAACCAAGCAAUCGUCAGCUUAUCAAGCCAAUCAGAGCACAGGUUAUGAGCAGAUACUUCCAGUCCAUGGGUGACAAGGUCUCCAACUUGAACCCUUUGAAGAAGGUGCGGUUACGGAAACGACCUUCCAACCCGCAGGCGGAAUCCGUCGCAAUGGAGAAUCGUGCUUUCGCAGAGGGAGAGGAGAGUCAGGAUGAGCUGGAUGGCAUCAACGACAGUGACGAUGAGAUCCUACUUGAUUCAUCGUCAAGCGAUGACACCUCGUUAGAUGGUCUGAGCCUGGGAGCCUGUCUAGAAAUCCUUGGAGGAAACGCCGACGUUGAUGCAGAAAAUGAUACCAACAAUCAAAGCAUGAUAUCUCACGAUGGGGAGAUUGUCCUGACGACAUGCGGUGUGCUUGCUGUUGAUCAGGACCGCAAUGUGAGAAGUCUAAGCCUACGUAGGCUUACACCUCGAAAGAACCACCACCGUGAUGCUGCCGAUAACACUAUAAUUGCUAAUGCUAAUGAAGAGAGGGUGAGGAGGGGUAGGCUCAUGUCAGAUGGUGAAGAUCAUAGUAGGAAGUACAGCACCCUUGGACGGGAAAGAACUCUUGCCACCGUUGACGCUACAGACGAACCUGAUGGUUCUAAUAAAGUCCUUGUGGAUAAUGCAGACUCACAGAGCCAGGUUGAUGAAUUGAACGCAAAUAUAACCAGAGAUUCAAAUCCUGCAAACGACGCCCAGACAACUCAGCAGUCUCCUCAGAAGCGACUUGCAAAUCCAGUUGUUCGAUUGCCAUCCUUGGAUGACAAUUUUGGUCCUUUGGAGUUGACCGUCAACCCACUUCCGGAGAACUUCCAUGACCACCUCCUUGCUGAAAACAUGCGGAUGAAGUACCGUGCUCACAGCGAGAACUCCCUGCAGGAUUGCUUCAUGAGCACAACGUCAACGGAGAAGACUGAAACCGAUAGUAUCGGAAGGGAAGGCGCUCAGGCAACCAUCAGCAAGAUAGCUCUCAGGUUCCGUACCUUGGGGUCAAUGAACUUUGCACGGUCUGGAAACCUUCGGGCGGAGCAGCAGAAAGAACAGAUGCAGAUGGAGAUGAAGAUGAGGAGGGAGUGUAAAACAAGAUUUAUACAGCUUUGAUUAUCAACCAACAUUAGGAACCUGCAUUUCAUCUCUUUAGAGCUAGGAAAUCUUUUUGGCAACCCCCCCCCCCCCUUUAAUUCAUAUUGUAUUGGUGUAGCUCAUGUUGGUUGACGUUUAGCCUCUCCAUCCAUAUCUUACACCUUAUUACAUGUGGUAAUUCUGCUAGAAUGGAAGAGUAUGCCAAUUGAUAACUUUGCGAUGGUCAGAGUUAAGAUCAUGAUUGGGUCACAGGACAUCUGGCUGGCUGGUAUGUCAUAAACAGUAUUGUACAACGCCUACUUAGCUUGUUGUACGCGAGCAAAUGGGAGGCUGAAUGUCAAACAUUCGUACCGUUGCACAAAAGACGUACCAUCCAAAAAUGCUCCCUUUUCAUAGAUUACUGCAGGAAAAACUCUUUGUUUUUUCAUAAAUUCGCUAAACUCCGAGGCGUUGUACAACACAAAUAGCGAAUAUUCUUAUUCGUGCAAUGGUGCGAGAUUUCACAUUCGGUGAAAGAAAUAUACACUCUAUUCAACUCGGCUAACGCCUCGUUGAAUAGAGCAUCUUUCUUUCACCUCAUGCAAAAUCUCGCACCAUCGCACUCAUGCCUAUUCGCUAUUUGCAUAUUGACGAGUUAUGUAUGACUUAAAGCAUGACUGGUGACGUGGAUGAUGUUACAUACAAGUUGUCAACACUGACGUAACACGUAAUUGUCAGCUCUGAUAAUUUCAGUGAAAUCCUUGGUGUUGAUUGACUGAGGACAGAGCUGCCAUGUAGUACGGAUUUGCCGUACUUAGUACUGAAAAAUAAGAAGAAUACUGAUGGUUUCAUGAAAAACGGUGAUUUCUAAAUUUCCCGUUUUAUGUGUUGUCCUAUGGUAUUUCUUUGAAAAUACUGAUUUCCUCACCAAAAUACUGAUUUUCAGCUUUUAUAAUACUGAAAUGUACUUGUUCAGGUUGGCAGCUCUGUGGGGAGCUCCGGAUUCUGACUAUUACCAUGGUAACUGUUAGUCAUGAAACACCCCCCCCCCAUGUUCUUGGAAUUCAAAAUCAGAUUCUCAGUCACUUUUGAUUCCAAUCAGUCAAAGUUGAAAUAUCAUCUUUAUAAAUUAGAAUUCUUCUUGUUUAGAAGCAUCUGAAUGCAAAGUUUGUAAUUAAUCAAAGUUUGAUUCUGCUCAGUGGAAAUUCACCUCCCACUGUGUAAAACCAGUUAUGCAAGAGUUGGGGUAUCUUGUUUCACACAAAACAGAUCACCAGUCGUGCAUUCAGUCCAAACACCAACCUACCAUUUUUAUUUACAUGGGAGUGGUGGAAAAACUUUUCCGCAAUUUGCUUUCAGAGUAUCUAUUCAUCAUUGGUAAUCGCUGAGCUCUCGUGUGUUAAUCAAAUGUUACGGGCUGCAUAUUAUUUGUAUACUGCCAGCUGAAUCAGUUUUGAGGGGAAAAUGUAACAAUUGUUGUUUGGAUCUUUCCUUCAAACUCUACUUUCUCAGGCUUAUUAUUGAUGCUCAUCAUUUUUCUAUGGAUAUCAUUUAACGAUGCCAGCUGUAAUUUGUAUAUCUUCAUGAAUGUUACAGCCCCAGAACGAUGUUAUAAAUGAGUAGUAUGCAUUAUUAUACAUGCACUAGGCAUAAGGGCCCUGUUUGCUAGUAAUAUUGAAGAGAUGCCCAAGUUCAAUGACCUAGUUACCUUGAACGAUCCAAUAGCCCAUUUCAAUUCCUUCCCUAAAGUAAUUUGCCACUUGCCAGUAAUAAUACAUUUAUGAAACCGGGACGCAGUAUAACGAGCAAAUCCUGGGCUCAGUGAUAGCAGUGUUGUGAUCUAACACAAAACUGGCCAAUCAAAUUUGCUGUUGCAUGCACAUUUUUUUCAGCAUACACACUACAAAUUGGAAAUUGAUUGCAAAUAUUAGGUGCUUCAGGGGGCUGUUUGACUUAAUGAUUAUCUUGCGUGACUUCAUCAUUUCAUUAAUGAACAUGAAUGUGAUAAGAAAGUGUUGUAUUCAUAAUUUAUUGAAUUGCAUCUGUACUACCGGUAAUCUAAUUUUAUGCUUGUUGCACAAAACUCACACAAUUACCGCACAAUAACAUGCACUUUAGAGACAAAACUGAAGUUGGAGCUUUCUCCAGCAUUUGGCAAAGUAGAAACCUCAGAUGAAGCUGUAUUUGUCAGAUUAUUAUUUUUUAUAAAUCAUCAUCAUCUUAAAUUUCACCUUUGUUUUCUCCAUCCCCUUCUUUCCUUCUACUUUUUUUUUCUCCUUUAAAAGUAUCUUUUCAAAAUAAUACUUCUACUUAUAUUUGAAAGUUGAACUGAAUUCUCAUAAACUGAAUUGCCAACAAGUGUCUCAUUUUGAGAUAUUCUUAUCUUUUUUGUUCCCCUUGCACAAAGAUUUGAAAAUUCAAGAUUUGGACAUGGCUGUAUAAUACUUUUAUUAGUGGAAUAUUGUUUUAAGUUGUGCUCUUAGUCAAUAUUUUUACCCCAAUGUGCUAUUGAAAAUGUAGUAAAUGCACAAAUAAGUCUGGUUGUUUCUUAAUUCUUUU